CGAGGCCCUCACACCUCAUUUAAGGCAGGAGGCGUCAGGGGCGACCGGCCAGGUGUUCCGGCGCCUUGCCACCGCUUCUCAGGCGUGGAGGAAGCGCGGGCCUCCGAGCACGUGGAGCCGCCCCGGGCCGCCCUGCACACCCCUCCCCGCCAGAUGUAGUCCAGGCCCAGCUGGGCCCGCGCAGGGAUCCCCAGCACGGCCACCUGACUGAGUGCUGGGCGUGCUGCGGCCCGCUGCUUCUGCCUCCGCCGCCGGCGCUGCGGCCAGAGGAAGGCGCCCGCCGAGCACACGGGCCCUGGGAGCGCACUGCGGCCAUUAUCCACGGCGCCUCCUAGUGGGUCAAUGGUAAAUCCGCCUGGUUCUCGCGAGAGCUCCCCCCUCAGUGGGGAUUAUAUAAUUUCCCUCAGGCGGGGGUGGGGGUUCUGAGAGCACCCUCUCUCAGGAAAAGUUAGGUGGAAGCCCAGGUGGGACUAAGAGGGACCCCCCUGGGGGAAAGGGGGUCAGGGGUGCUGUCCCCACUGCCCCCCCCACUUAGCUGGACAAUGAGUCCUCUUAUGCUAAUGAGGCACUUACGUCACUUCCUCUCUUUCUCGGCCGCCAUUUUGGCUAGGGCAGGUUCGGGGACUCGGUCCGAGGCGCUUGUAUUGUCUGCUGAGGGGAGACGCGGGAUCAGCCCCCCUCCCCCGCCUGUUGCCGCCGCCGCCUCCGCUGGCCCGGUCUCCCCUCCGCCGCCCGCCGGGAUCCAUGAGCUGAACUCCCGCCCCCCCAGCCGCCGCCAUCUUGUGCCCCCUCCCACUCCCGCAGGCAGCGCUAAGGGGGAUUUUGGCGUCUUCUCAGACACAGCUCCCUCUCUCGGUCCGCGCUGCUGAGGAGCGAGAGGAGCGCGGCCGCCGCCGCCCGCGCCGGUGAAGCCGCCUCUCCCACACCCUCCGUCUCCUCCCUCCGCCCCUCCUUUGUCUGCACCGCUCGACGACGCCGCCGCCGCCCGCCGCUCUGCUGCGCCCGCCGCGCCCCCCGGCAGCACCCGCGGCCGCGGCGCGAGCCGGAGCCCGCCGAGCCGGAGCGCGACGAGGCCCCGGGCGCGCCCUCCCCGCUGCCGCCACCGCCGUGCCGCCGCCAUCCGCCCGCCGCCGCCGCCGCCGUCCGGCCCCCGAGCACGCCGGCCCCGCGCGCGCCUUGAGGCCGAGUCAAGGUGUGAGAUGCACAAUGCGAAACCUAGGCCCCAGCUUUUACACCAUGAUGCGCAGGGUUGUACUUUUUGUACUGAACUGAUAGGUGGCCUAGUGGUUAUGCCCUGUACUACCAUUUUGAGGAUCUGGACUCCGUUUCCUGCCUUGCUCUUUGGACCACAUUGUCAAUUCACACCGAAACUAUGUUCCAACUUCCUGUCAACAAUCUUGGCAGUUUAAGAAAAGCCCGGAAAACUGUGAAAAAAAUACUUAGUGACAUUGGGUUGGAAUACUGUAAAGAACAUAUAGAAGAUUUUAAACAAUUUGAACCUAAUGACUUUUAUUUGAAAAACACUACAUGGGAGGAUGUAGGACUGUGGGACCCUUCACUUACGAAAAACCAGGACUAUCGGACAAAACCUUUCUGCUGCAGCGCUUGUCCAUUUUCCUCAAAAUUCUUCUCUGCCUACAAAAGUCAUUUCCGAAAUGUCCAUAGUGAAGACUUUGAAAAUAGGAUUCUCCUUAAUUGCCCCUACUGUACCUUCAAUGCAGACAAAAAGACUUUGGAAACACACAUUAAAAUAUUUCAUGCUCCAAACGCCAGCGCACCAAGUAGCAGCCUCAGCACUUUCAAAGAUAAAAACAAAAAUGAUGGCCUUAAACCUAAGCAGGCUGACAGUGUAGAGCAAGCUGUUUAUUACUGUAAGAAGUGCACUUACCGAGAUCCUCUUUACGAAAUAGUUAGGAAGCACAUUUACAGGGAACAUUUUCAGCACGUGGCAGCACCUUACAUAGCAAAGGCAGGAGAAAAAUCACUCAAUGGCGCAGUCCCCUUAGGCUCAAAUGCCCGAGAAGAGAGUAGUAUUCACUGCAAGCGAUGCCUUUUCAUGCCAAAGUCCUAUGAAGCUUUGGUACAGCAUGUCAUCGAAGACCACGAACGUAUUGGCUAUCAGGUCACUGCCAUGAUUGGUCACACAAAUGUAGUGGUCCCCCGAUCCAAACCCUUGAUGCUAAUUGCUCCCAAACCUCAAGACAAGAAGAGUAUGGGACUCCCACCAAGAAUUGGUUCCCUUGCUUCUGGAAAUGUCCGGUCUUUACCAUCACAGCAGAUGGUGAAUCGACUCUCGAUACCAAAGCCUAACUUAAAUUCUACAGGAGUCAACAUGAUGUCCAAUGUUCACCUACAGCAGAACAACUAUGGAGUCAAAUCUGUAGGUCAGGGUUACAGUGUUGGUCAGUCAAUGAGACUGGGUCUAGGGGGCAAUGCACCAGUUUCCAUUCCUCAACAAUCUCAGUCUGUAAAGCAGUUACUUCCAAGUGGAAAUGGAAGGUCUUAUGGGCUUGGGUCUGAGCAGAGGUCCCAGGCACCAGCAAGAUACUCCCUGCAGUCUGCCAAUGCCUCUUCUCUCUCGUCGGGCCAGUUAAAGUCUCCUUCCCUCUCCCAGUCGCAGGCAUCCAGAGUGUUAGGUCAGUCCAGCUCUAAACCUACUGCAGCUGCCACAGGCCCUCCCCCAGGUAACACUUCCUCAACUCAAAAGUGGAAAAUAUGUACAAUCUGUAAUGAGCUUUUUCCUGAAAAUGUCUAUAGUGUGCACUUCGAAAAAGAACAUAAAGCUGAGAAAGUCCCAGCAGUAGCCAACUACAUUAUGAAAAUACACAAUUUUACUAGCAAAUGCCUGUACUGUAAUCGCUAUUUGCCCACAGAUACCCUGCUCAACCAUAUGUUAAUUCAUGGUCUGUCUUGUCCAUAUUGCCGUUCAACUUUCAAUGAUGUGGAAAAGAUGGCCGCACACAUGCGGAUGGUUCACAUUGAUGAAGAGAUGGGACCUAAAACAGAUUCUACUUUGAGUUUUGAUUUGACAUUGCAGCAGGGCAGUCACACUAACAUCCAUCUCCUGGUAACCACGUACAACCUGAGAGAUGCCCCAGCUGAAUCUGUUGCUUACCAUGCCCAAAAUAACCCUCCAGUUCCUCCAAAGCCACAGCCAAAAGUUCAGGAAAAGGCAGAUAUCCCUGUUAAAAGUUCACCUCAAGCUGCAGUGCCCUAUAAAAAAGAUGUUGGGAAAACCCUUUGUCCUCUUUGCUUUUCAAUCCUAAAAGGACCCAUAUCAGAUGCACUUGCACAUCACCUACGAGAGAGGCACCAGGUUAUUCAGACAGUUCAUCCAGUUGAGAAAAAGCUCACCUACAAAUGUAUCCAUUGCCUUGGUGUGUAUACCAGCAACAUGACCGCCUCGACUAUCACUCUGCAUCUAGUUCACUGCAGGGGAGUUGGAAAGACCCAAAACGGCCAGGAUAAGACAAAUGCACCCUCUCGGCUUAAUCAGUCUCCCAGCCUGGCACCUGUGAAGCGCACUUACGAGCAAAUGGAAUUUCCCUUACUGAAAAAACGGAAGUUAGAUGACGAUAGUGAUUCACCCAGCUUCUUUGAGGAGAAGCCUGAAGAGCCUGUUGUUUUAGCUUUAGACCCCAAGGGUCAUGAAGAUGAUUCCUAUGAAGCCAGGAAAAGCUUUCUAACAAAGUAUUUUAACAAGCAACCCUAUCCCACCAGGAGAGAAAUUGAGAAGCUAGCAGCCAGUUUAUGGUUAUGGAAGAGUGACAUUGCUUCCCAUUUUAGUAACAAAAGGAAGAAGUGUGUCCGUGAUUGUGAAAAGUACAAGCCUGGCGUGUUGCUGGGGUUUAACAUGAAAGAAUUAAAUAAAGUCAAGCAUGAGAUGGAUUUUGAUGCAGAGUGGCUAUUUGAAAAUCAUGAUGAGAAGGAUUCCAGAGUCAAUGCUAGUAAGACUGCUGACAAAAAGCUCAACCUUGGGAAAGAAGAUGACAGUUCCUCAGACAGUUUUGAAAAUUUGGAAGAAGAAUCCAAUGAAAGUGGUAGCCCUUUUGAACCCGUUUUUGAAGUUGAGCCUAAAAUCCCUAAUGAUAACCCAGAGGAACAUGUACUGAAGGUAAUUCCUGAGGAUGCUUUAGAAUCUGAGGAGAAGCUAGACCAAAAAGAGGAGGAUGGUUCAAAAUACGAAACUCUUCAUUUGACUGAGGAACCAACCAAACUAAUGCACAACGCUUCUGAUAGUGAGGUUGACCAAGACGAUGUUGUUGAGUGGAAAGAUGGUGCUUCUCCAUCUGAGAGUGGGCCUGGGUCCCAACAAGUGUCAGACUUUGAGGACAAUACCUGCGAAAUGAAACCAGGAACCUGGUCUGAUGAGUCUUCCCAAAGUGAAGAUGCAAGGAGCAGUAAGCCAGCUGCUAAAAAAAAGGCUACCAUGCAAGGUGACAGAGAGCAGUUGAAAUGGAAGAAUAGUUCCUAUGGAAAAGUUGAAGGGUUUUGGUCCAAGGACCAGUCACAGUGGAAGAAUGCAUCUGAGAAUGAUGAGCGCUUAUCUAACCCCCAGAUUGAGUGGCAGAAUAGCACAAUUGACAGUGAGGAUGGGGAACAGUUUGACAACAUGACUGAUGGAGUAGCUGAGCCGAUGCAUGGCAGCUUAGCUGGAGUUAAACUGAGCAGCCAACAGGCCUGAGUGCCAGGUUCCCUGGCGUCGGUGACAUGCUGCAGCCUAGAACUCUAAUCUCCAUUCAGUGUGAUUGCAAAGCUGUCUUCUAACUGGUACCGCCUUGUGAGUACUGGUUGGACUGUGGGACAUGUGGCCACUGAGUUCCAGUGGUAUUUCUAAGUCUAUGACACGAUAGGCUGAUCUUGCUUCAGAACCUUCUCUGACAGACACAGUAACUAAAUGUGAAAACCAAUAAGCUGGUGGCUCAUGAAUACACAUGAGGAAAAGCAGAGGUUUAUUUUAUCUGCCUUUUCAACAUUUCUUUCCCUCUGUAAAAUGAUUGGUCUGAUGUCUUUGAGAAGUGUUAACCUAAUUCACAUGGUAGUGUAGGGCCAACGUAAAAGCUACCAGUCUAAUGUGUAUAGUAGACUUUGGGAAAAGCGAUUUUUUUUCAUGUAUUCAUUCUGAAUAGUUGAAAUGUAUAUUUGUACAGUCUUUUAGACCUAUUCAAGUGAUGCUCAUGAUACUGUUACUGUGUGCCCAUCAUAGAUUUCUUUUUUUAGUGUUGACCUUGCUGUGUAAUAAACGCUGUAUCUAGUUUACCUAGCAAAAGCUCAAAACUGCGCUAGUAUGGACUUUUGGACAGACUUAGUUUUUGCACAUAACCUUGUACAAUCUUGCAACAGAGGCCAGCCACGUAAGAUAUAUAUCUGGACUCUCUUGUAUUAUAGGAUUUUUCUUGUUCUGAAUAUCCUUGACAUUUACAGCUGUCAAAAACAAAAACUGGUAUUUCAGAUGUUUUCUGAAAUCUUUUAAGCUAAAAUCACAUGCAAGAAUUGACUUUGCAGCUACUAAUUUUGACACCUUUUAGAUCUGUAUAAAAGUGUGUUGUGUUGAAGCAGCAAACCAAUGAGUGCUGCAUUUUGGAUAUUUAGUUUUAUCUUUAGUUAACACCAUCCUGGUGUAUUCAUUUAUACCAUCUAAUAUAUGACACACUGUUGUAGUAUGUAUAAUUUUGUGAUCUUUAUUUCCCUUUGUAUUCAUUUUAAGCAUCUAAAUAAAUUGCUGUAUUGUGCUUAAUGUAAAUAUUUGCUUUAUUACA